CUUCUCUCUUUCUGUUAACAUCCGGUAUCUUCCCCUCUCGCCAUUAUUAGGGUUUUCCAGCUUUCUCUGCGAGGUUUCGGAUUCUUUCCUGAUUCAAGAUCUUGUUAGCUCAUCUUUGUUGAUAGAAAGAAAAAAGAAAUAAGUGAAGGCUUCGAUUCCUAGCUCUCAAUCAGGAAGAGCUUUGGUACUAUCUGAGUAUCUGUGAUAUUUGCAAGCACAAGUCUUUUCUUCAAAAAUCUUUCUCCCACGGAUGCUUCUUGAUAAUUUCCUACUGACGCAAUGUCAUUCUGGGGAUGAGAAGUUUUGAGGAAGCCUGUGCUUAAUGGACUGCUCACCCACCAGCUGUGACAAGAAAACGUUAAAGAGGUGGUUCUUCAUAGACAAGAGAGUUGGGUAAAAGAAUCUCAGUUUUGGAGCAUAGUUCUUUUUGAGAGUUUACUUUAACCAACCUAUAUAACUGUGAUUGUACUUUGUAAUAAAAAACCAAUCUGGAUCCGAUGGAGUUGAAGACAAACCAUGCUACUCCAGUUCUCACUGAUCCUGCUUCUACUAUUAGUAAAUCAAGACUAGGCAUCCAUUCUAGUUUAUUGCCAUAUUCACAGCAAGCAACACCAUUCUCUGGCAAGUAUAUCACAAUUCCAAGGAAAAAACCAGGAAAGCUUGAUGAUGUUCGGUCCAACGGUUGGCUUGAUGCCAUGAAAUCAUCUUCACCUCCCCGAAAGAAGCUUAAUAAUGAUUUCGCUGUUGAGGUUGCUUCAGAUGAUAACGAUAAUGCUUACCUCUGUUGGAUGCUUAAGCAUCCAUCAGCACUCAAUUUUUUCGAGCGCAUUACUAACUUUGCAAGGAACAAGAAGAUAGCGGUGUUUCUAGAUUAUGAUGGGACUCUUUCACCCAUAGUUGAUGACCCUGAUCGUGCUUUGAUGUCUGAUGAUAUGCGCGAGGCUGUAAGAAAUGUUGCUAAGUAUUUUCCAACUGCAAUCAUUAGUGGAAGAAACCGUGAUAAGGUUUACGAAUUGGUAGGACUAACAGAACUUUACUAUGCUGGUAGUCAUGGAAUGGACAUAAUGGGUCCUGUCACUAAUACAAACAGUUUGAAUUCUACUGACCAACAGGGCAAAGAGGUAAAGCUUUUCCAACCUGCUAAAGAGUUUUUACCUAUGAUCGACGAGGUUUUUAGAACCCUUGUCGAAAACACUAAGGGAAUCAAAGGUGCAAAAGUCGAAAAUCACAAGUUUUGUGCUUCUGUACAUUAUCGUAAUGUAGAUGAGAAGAAUUGGUCAAUAAUCGGUCAACGUGUUCAUGAUAUCUUAAAAGACUACCCUCGUCUGCGAUUAACUCAUGGGCGGAAGGUUUUAGAGGUCCGCCCUGUAAUUGACUGGAACAAGGGAAAAGCAGUUGAAUUUCUGUUAGAAUCUCUCGGGCUAACUAGUAGGGAUGAUGUGCUUUCAAUAUAUAUUGGUGAUGAUACGACCGAUGAAGAUGCAUUCAAGGUCUUAAAGAAAAGGAAUCAAGGAUAUGGAAUUCUGGUAUCUCCUACUCCGAAAGAAACCAGUGCCUUCUAUUCUCUCAGAGAACCAGCAGAGGUGAUGGAAUUUCUCAAGGCCUUGGUGAGCUGGAAGGAACAGGAAGAACUCAAUAGAGCUUGAAAAUGGAGCACUUAGUGAUUUGAAUAUAUUAUAGGCUGUUGGUUUUGAAUCCUGUACUCAAGAACAACUCUCAGGCUGUUAAAAAGCCAGCUGGUUUGUCAAUAGUCUCAGUUCAGUGCUGAUCAAUUAUUUCAUCUCUUUUUCGCUUACAAAAAGAAUCUUUUCAUGCUAUGAUGUUUGGUCUGAUGAAAGUUAUAUAUCCGGGAAGACAUUGUUCAGGCAAUGUUGGCUGCUCAUUGUCACCAAACAGUAAUCUCUGUGAAGUAUCAGAUUUUGCUUUAAAGCAUUAUCAGCGUGAAUAAAGCAUGCUCAAGCAGCAAACAACA